AUUUGCCAAGCAUGUGGCACGCCUUAAUCCCAACACUGCAGAUGCAGAGACAGAGGCAUGGGGCUCUCUGAGUUUGAGGCCAGCCUGAUCUACAUACAGCGUUCCAGGCCAGUCAGAGCUACACAGUGAGACCCUGUCUCAAAAAAACAAACAAUGUCACGCUUCAUUCAUGGUUGCUUUUACUUUCUACUGCUUAUAUAAAUGAACACUUAAAGUCAGAAGUCUUUAUUGUAUGGAUGAAGUUUAGAUACUGGCCAGCAACUCCUGCUGUCCACCAUGUUGGCAAAGGCACUAGGCUCCCAGCACACUGGCACUUGGUGAUGGUCACAAAUGCCCAGUAUGGCAAGGAUGAGGAACGAGGCAGGAGGUGGUAGGAUAUAGAGGACGUGCAGGCACCAAGUAUGUUUUGAUGUCUGUUUUAGUUCAUCAGACAGUGAUGUUAAAAUAGUACCAGGAUAUAAUUGUGAAAAACGUGAAGGGGACCAGAGACGUGCAGCAGAGACAUUACAGAGUGAUGAUAUCACACUUGACAACUCUUCGCUGAAAAGUUAGAAAAGAAGGGUGGAUAAAUGGGGAAAGAAUGGUGAGCAGAAAACACAAAAAUAUAAUGAAGAGAUGGAUCCCGACAUGUCUGACUCACAGUGUGACUCAUGUCCUGAUUGAUGUGUCGGGCAGCAAGCUCCAAGUAGGCUUGGCUUCAAAUAGCUGCUGAAGGAGACCCUGAACAGUGUGUAAAAUUUAAAUCAAUGACUGAAAAUGAAAGCAAGAAGAUUAGCCCACAUGAACACAGAAGAACUCUGACAUAGCAAUGCUGAUAACAAAGAUGAAAUUUAGGGCGGUUAGAGUAUAAGGAACCAGGAGGUGAUCACAAACUUGUAAGUCAGGAGUAAUGCCCACAGUGCAGACAGCAAGCCCGGGCAGUCAGAUGUUACUGUCAUAGACACUGAUACCUGUCCAUCAAACAUAAAAUGGCGCCGUUUUCAGCACACACACGGCAUACACAAAACAAUGGAAUACGCAGUUGGUAAAGGGUAUUUGGAAGUCUGGAGCCAUUACUCUGAUGUCACCAAAACUCUGUUCCCUAGAGCUGAACAGAUAGCUAAGCCUCAGCACCUGAGGGCUGCAGCUGAAUCGUGACUGGAAUUGUACCACCCUCAAUCUAACAUGACUAAAUUAUAGUUACUCACUUGAGUAAGAUAACAAAUACAGUCAGUAAAACUCAAAGUAUAAAGAAGAAAUUACUACCUUGAGGGAAGAAAAUAAAAGCAAACAAAAAAUCUAAACCUUGAUUAUAGAAAAACUGUAAUUUAUAGAAAAACCAGGAAGCUGUUUAGGAGACAGUGUGACAACAUGUCUGUUUAACAAAACAACAGUAGCAGUGCACGCGCGCCAGAAUUCCUUCCUGUGGAGCCGGCCUCAAACCCAAAUCAGAGAAGAGCAGGUUACCCCGUAACAGUCAUGCCACUACUACAUAGGCUCAUUUACCCGGCAGCUCACUGUCCUAGCGUGCAGGGCCCACUGAUGGGUGGAACAGCUGAUGACGAUUUCUCCUGGUGGGUACCUCCAGGACUGUGAAAACUAACCACCAGGGAGGAAGUUCCCAGGUCAGUUCCAGUCUGAUUUUUCUAUAUGCUGCCAGCAAAGUAUGGGGUAUCUUCAGCCAUCAUCUAGUUACGGUGGGCAACCCAGAACAAUGGCCUGUGUUGGAAAGCAGACCCACAUAUUCUAAUCAAGUAAAUGGGUCCAUGUCGUUGAAGUAUGGUGGGUGCAAAAUCAGAAAAACACUGCGAUAAUUUAGCACGUUAAACUCAGUCAUGUAAGUCAGCAGCUUCAUAGAUGUACAAGAUUUUUAUUGAUCAUUUCUUUAUCAUGGCUAUCAUACCAGGAUAUGCUUUAAAAAAAUUACCAGUUUUUAACCUGGUAAAGCAUGUCUAACAAUCUUUAAAGCAAAAUCUUUCCAUUUCUAGAUGCCUUAAGAAUCCUCAUCCUAGCAGGAGUAGAAGAGGGAGGUGAGCAACAGCCUUUCCGGCACAGAGAACAAGCACGGGGAUGUCCCACUCUUGGGAUCAUUUACUAGAAACACUAGGGAACCACACAGAGGAAAAGGACAUGGGUCAUGUAACUGUCCGUAACUAGAAAAUCCAGGAGCAUUUUAGCAUCACCCAUUAUUAGCAAAGGAGUCCUCAAGACGAACCCGCAAAGCAAGGCACAGAUCCAGAGAAAAUAGAAGUGAUACAGUUGUAAUCUUUAGGAUUCGGGUCAGCUCUCUAGCUCUUAAACUUCCAAUUACUAACAUCAUCACCACUGGUCCACAACCUUCCCAGGGCAUCGGAACCCACGGGCAUCUUUAAGCUCUGCUCUUACUUAGGACCACUCCUAAGAUUCUUGUUCCUUGUGGAGUGAGGGAGUAUCUGUGUAGGGGUCACGUAUGUGCAGGUGGGUGAGUGUAGCAUGCAUAAGGAUGGUACAUAAGUGUGAAGAUGGUGUGUACAGGUACAAGUACAUGUGCAAGUGUGAGCUGCACGGCCCAGGUCUCCCCUGCAGGUCUUUUCCAGGUCUUAGGGCCAUACCCAGCAUUCUGUCCUUUACAGCGUCAUCACUGUGUUGGACGUCCAUCUGUCCCACCUCCAGUCUGAGCUUUGCCUGCCAUAAUGUCCCUCUUUUCCUGGACAGCUGCUGGAGACAUGCAUGCCAGCUUCCAGCCAGCCUCACACCACUUCCUGCCUAUGCUCGAGCUUUCUCCACCCCUCUCCCCUCCCCGCUGCCCUUUGCUCUCCCAGCAGCAUCUGGACAAGCCUCAACAGGAACCGAUAGUCUCAUCAUGGUUCCUCAGGCUCGUGGGCUGGUACUGUGUUGCUUUCUGCUCCAGCUUCAGGGACCCCUGGGAGCUGUAGGUACGGAAGUCCUGUCUGUCCGGGGAGGGUUAUUCUGUGGACUGGGUGAGUUGAGAAGCCAAGCUGUUUGCAGCAGCGGCUGGGACAUCAACAGGAACCCCCUCACAGGUGGCUCCAUCUGAUGUAUGUCCCUGCCAAAUGCAAAUAGUGUCUGGAUGUUUACCACCAGGAGAUAGACUGUUCUUCACAGGGGCGGGGGCUUUGGGAAUUGUUUUCCAAAGACUUUUUAGAAGUAGGGAGCUUUACUGUCCCCUAUGGACACCUGCCUGUGAAGUUGGACCCUGGAGGCCACUCAGUGCACAGCUCUGGGGCCAGAGGUCCAACAUGUCAGGACAGCCACAGGACAUUGAGCUACAGGGCUUGCUCACUGUGGUCACAGCCAUAGUUCCUCAUUUAAACACACACACACACACACACACACACACACACACACACACACACAGCUCUGAGGCCUCAGGGGAGAAAGUUUGAGAACAUACGUGGAAAGUUGCAGGGCCUCACAUACAGGAAGAGAGGAUGCCACUAAUGGUCUGCUGCAUAGUGACAUGGGUGGUCCAGCUAGUACUGUCCCCUUGAAAAUCUAUGGCAAGUGAGGAUUGUAGUGGAUUGUUCUCCUGUGGAGCUAAGUGGCAGCAGGACAGCAAUGGCUUUCCCAGACGUUCCCAGCUUUCCCAGACACUCUGCAGCUGGGUGGGGACCUUGGGAUCAGGUUUGCUUUGGAACCCUAGGAGGUUUAUGGAAGCAAACUUGCCUUCUCCUAAGGGCUCACCGCUCAGCCUGACCAAGCUGUAUGUGUCCGGUGGCUGGUGACAGAUGGGUCUUCCUCUGCCUGGUGAAGGUCCUUGACUGGUUAUGUUUGACAGCAUUCCCAUCCUUCCUUUCCAAACCAGACUGAGUCUCUAGGAACACCACUUAUGAAAGACUCCCCAACUUGAGAAAGACACAGUGGUCCUCGGCCCUUCCUCUUCCCUCUCGCUGUCCCUUUCAAGAUGAUUCAUCUGACUUCCACUCUUGUCCUGCCAGAGGACCCUCCUUUUGGGUACGCCAGCAUCCUCCCGGUGACCAGAGCCACCCUUUCAGCCCCACCUAAUGCCAAUCCCUCCCAGCAAGGCCCAUAGGGGUUUUCCUUCCUUAAAUGUGCCACCUCUGCAUGGGGAAGACCUGUGUCCCCAUCUCCUUUGCCCUCUUCCUGAAUGCACUGGCUGCUUUUGACUCUUCCCUGGCUCUCUUCUUGUCUUCUCUCUUCCGACCCCAGGUAGACGCCUUCCCAAGGCUGCCCCUCUCACGGACAUCCCAGGCACACAGUUCAUGUCGCGUAGUUGUCUUAUGGGGACUCUCAGGGCCUCAUCUUCAUACUUGGUUUCCACUCCUGACUAAUUUUAGGUUACUUAAAACCCUCAUCCCCUCCCCCCACAUUCAUAUCUGGGGUUCAGACCCCAUGUCCAUUGGGGUGUCCCAAAGAAUCCUCAAAUUCAGCAUGUCCAAACUAGUGUGGCUGCCUUCAUCAAACCUUUACUUUUCCGAAGCCAGGUGGGGAGCACUGGUCACCUAGUUUAUCUCUGGCAGGCAGGGCUGUGUGGGGAAGGCUGGAUCUGGUUCUGGGACCUAAUGGAACAUCUCCAAUGUAGCAAAUCACAGGUCCAGGAGGCCCAGUUGAGGCAGGUGUGACCAUGGCACCCAGGGCUGGUGAUAUGUCCUCAUAAGAUCUGAAGCCCCAGGCCUGUAUGACUUGAGGUUCCUGAAUUGACUCAGGACACAGCACAGGGGACACAGAUGUGGGAAUGGGCAAAGAAUUUAAAUAGUGUUUGUGCACACGUUUUUCUGCAUACACAGAAAGGGAUUUCACACCGUGUGGUUUACUGCCUCCCUUUUGCUGGACGUCACGUCUUAAGCCUGUGUUCACUGACAUCACAGGAGACUGGCAGCCCCAAACUAUUCCUACCAAUACAUUACUUAGUGAGUUUUUUGUAUGCCCUCCAACUGUUUUCUCAUUGUAAAUCCCUGAAAGAGAUAGUAAGCAGGUCAAACCAUGUGCAUAUGGUAAGUUUUCAUUUCAUCUGAUGCAUGUAUCACCAUACACUUCUAUGUAAGCUGUGCCAUGUUAUCUGUCACCAACCAUCAGUGAAAACCCACCCAGUUUAAAUUCAGCUGAGCCGGGAGCUGUCAUGCUCUGUGACCUUCAGCCCGUAGAAGAGGGUAUGCCGUUGAAGGAACCAACCUAUGGCCUUCCAUUCCUUGAGAUGGACAGGAACUCUUUGGUUCCUAUCCCAGAAUAGAAAAAGAUUAAAGUGGGUAGGUUGUUCAAUCACUGAGGGAGAUGGAUAUGGCUGUGUCCAUCACUGAGAGAUCUAGCAUGUGUGGUUUCCAUGAGCUGACCCAGUGUGGUUUCCUUCACUCACUGGGAGGAUCCACUGUGGGUGUGGAGGAUCCAGUGCUGGUGUGGAGGAUGCAGUGCUGAUGUGGAAAGUCCAGUGUGGGUGUGGAGGAUCCAGUGUGGGUGUGGAGGAUCCAGUGUAGGUGUGGAGGAUCCAGUGCGGGUGUGGAGGAUCCAGUGCGGGUGGGGAGGAUCCAGUGUAAGUGUGGAGGAUCCAGUGUGGGUGUGGAGGAUCCAGUGUGGGUGUGGAGGAUCCAGUGCGGGUGUGGAGGAUCCAGUGCGGGUGUGGAGGAUCCAGUGCAGGUGUGGAGGAUCCAGUGCGGGUGGCUUCUGAGCAGCUUGAGGAAAGUUGCCAGUACUGCAUGGGACCUUCUGUUUCUCAGUUUUCAUAACCCAGGAGGAAGCACACAGUGUCGUACACAGGCAAAGGCGUGCCAACUCCUUCAUGGAGGAGCUUUGGCCGGGCUCCCUGGAGAGAGAGUGUCUUGAGGAGAAGUGCUCCUUUGAGGAGGCCCAAGAGAUCUUCAAGAGCCCCGAGAGGACAAAGCAGUUCUGGAUUGUUUACACUGAUGGGGACCAAUGCGCCUCGAAUCCGUGCCAGAACGGGGGCACCUGCGAGGACCACCUCCAGACUUACAUCUGCUUCUGCCUCCUAGACUUUGAGGGCCGGAACUGUGAGACGAACAAGAACGAGCAGCUGAUCUGCGCGAAGGAAAACGGUGGCUGUGACCAGUACUGCGCUGACCAUCCGGGGACCAAGCGCACCUGCUCCUGUCACGAGGACUAUGUGCUCCAGCCGGAUGAGGUAUCCUGCAAACCGAAAGUUGAGUAUCCGUGUGGAAAAAUACCUGUUCUGGAAAAAAGAAAUUCCAGUGGCCCCCAAGGCCGGAUUGUGGGAGGCAUGGAGUGCCCCAAAGGCGAGUGUCCAUGGCAGGCUGUGUUGAAAAGCAGUGGGGCAUUGCUGUGUGGGGCCAUUCUAUUGGACACCGCAUGGAUCGUGUCUGCAGCCCACUGUUUUGAUAGGAUCCCGAGCUGGAGGAACAUAACGGUGGUGAUGGGUGAGCAUGACUUCAGUGAGAGGGACGGGACCGAGCAAGUACGGCGGGUGAUCCAGGUUGUAUUCCCUGACAAGUACGUCCGAGGCCAGAUCGACCACGACAUUGUCCUUCUUCGCCUCCACCGGCCUGUGACUUUGACUGACCACGUGGUACCCCUGUGUCUGCCUGAAAGGGCCUUCUCUGAGAUGACCCUAUCCAGAAUCCGCUUCUCAAGGGUCAGUGGCUGGGGCCAGCUGCUGGACCGUGGCGCCACAGCCCUGGAGCUCAUGGCUGUCGAAGUGCCCCGGAUGAUGACUCAGGACUGCCUGGAGCAUGCCAAGCACAGUCCUGACACGCCCCACAUCACAGACAACAUGUUCUGCGCUGGCUACAUGGACGGCACUAAGGAUGCCUGCAAGGGAGACAGCGGCGGCCCACACGCCACACACUACCGUGGCACGUGGUACCUGACAGGUGUGGUCAGCUGGGGGGAGGGCUGUGCAGCUGUCGGCCACAUUGGGGUGUACACCAGGGUCUCCAGGUACACGGACUGGCUGAUCAAAGUCAUGAACUCCAAGCUCCAGGUUGGGAUUCAGCGAGUCAAACUAUUCUAGCUCCUUGGACAGCCCAGCCUUUCUGAAGGAGGAAAUUGAUGCUGUGGGGAUGCUGUUAUGUAUCAAAACCUAUUGACUCUCCUGCUAUUCCUGGGGUGGGGAAGAAGAAAGAGAUAAAGAGAGGAUCAAGAGUGAAGGGAUGGUGGUGGCGCACGCCUUUAAUCCCAGCACUUGGGAGGCAGAGCCAGGUGGAUCUCUGUGAGUUCGAGGCCAGCCUGGGCUACAUAGUGAGUUCCAGGAAAAGGCUCCAAAGCUACACAGGGAAACCCUGUCUCAAAAAAACAAACAAAAAUAAAUAAAAAAAAACAAGGGCGAAGUAAAGAAAGCGAUAGAGUGAAGGAGGCAGAGAGGGAGGUAAAGGAAAGAGGCUGAGAGAGAGGGAAACAGGAAGGGAAGCAGAGGGAAGAGUCUGAAUUAGAGACUAACAAAGACACUCAGAGAGGCUGGGUAGCAGAGCCACAGGCAGGCAGCCCCAAGAGACAGGGUGGUCCUGAGGGAGACAAGGCCCAGCCUCUGCUACUGUCUCCCUGUAGCUACCUCCCGUCUGCCUGAGGUGCCACAGACAGUAGGUGUGCACACACGCAUAGGGAACACGUGUGUGCACAAGCAUGCAUGUGCAUUCAUGACGCAUACAUCAUCUGCACCAUUGUUCACUUUCAUUUCUUCCGUUUUUUGUGCGAGUACCCUGUCUCUAUUUCAAUUAAAUGAGAAAUACCACCUGA